AUGGACAGGAUGAGGCCAAGGUUGAGUGAUGAGCCUACAAACCAAGGACUCCAAGGAUCACCAGAAGCCACGUGCAGCUGGAAGAGGCAGGAAGAAUCCUCACUGAGACCGCAGAAGAAACCAACCUGCCAACACUUUGUUUUUGGACUUCUGGCCUCCAGAACUCUCCUCCCCGGCCUUCUGCUUCUGAUUUGGCUAUCUGCCAGCCUGGCUCACCAAGGCUCCCCAUUCUGGGGAGGCCCCCACAUCCACACCCAUGGGACCCCACGCUGCUACUCAGCCGAAGAGCUCUCCUUGGGCCAGGCCCCCGCACACCUGCUGGUUCGAGCUGCCAAGUGGGAGCAGACUUUGCCUGUAGCCCUGGUGUCUAGCCUGGAGGCAGUGGGCCACAGGAGGUGGCAGAAGGGGCCCUCAGGUGGGACCCAGUGUCCGGUGCUGCAGCCUGAGGAAGUGCUGGAAGCCGACAUCCACCAGCGCUCCAUCUCCCCCUGGAGAUACCGUGUGGACAUGGAUGAGAACCGCUACCCACAGAAGCUGGCCGUGGCUGAGUGCCUGUGCAGGGGCUGCAUCAGCACCAGGACCGGCCGCGAGACAACAGCUCUCAACUCUGUCCUGCUGCACCAGAGCCUGCUGGUGCUGCGCCGCCAGCCCUGCUCCCGGGACGCAACAGGGGUGCCCACGCCUGGGGCCUUUGCCUUCUACACAGAGUCCAUCCGAGUGCCCAUUGGCUGCACCUGUGUCCUGCCCAGGGUGGUACGGUGACCGCUGGCCUCAGCUGUCCCCCUGUGCUGUGGGCAAGGAUUGCCUCCCAGACUGGACAGUGGGGAUCUCUCUGGAGAGAGGGCCCCUCCUAUUUAUGUGUAUUUAUUGGUUAUUUAUAUGCCCUGGGUGGCCCUGCUUCUGCUCCCAGGGUCCCUGGGCAGGUACCAGGGCUCCAGCCUCUAGUUUGAGGGAACAGUGGAGAUUGGGCACUAGAAGGGCCAAGUGAUCCUGUGCUAGUCUGCCCCCUCUCAACACUGUUACCCUUUCACACAAACAGUGGACAAGAAGGAACUUUAGUCUUCUUCUAGAACUUCUUAAAACAACAGAAAAGGUGUUCUGAUGGCCCCCACCUUCAUGGGCCCCCCAAACCCUUCUUCCCACCACCCCUGUAUUUCUAAAACAAUUAUUUAUUGUAAAUGUAAAUAUGUCAUUAAAUUGAUAACCCCCAGAGCACAGCAUCGGAUGGCAGAGACUAGAGUGGAGGCACCCUCCUCACCCUCAUUCCUGCUUGGCCCUCACACCCAGGUGGCCCUGCAGGGGCAGCCACAGACCC